GACAGCAUAAAUGUACUUAAAGAAAAUCUGAAAAAUUAAGAAAGCCUUUAAGAUUCAAUGCCUAAAGAAAGAAUACAUGCCUUUCUUUGGAAGUCAAUCACCAAUCAACUUGGUAAAAAAACAGCAAGUAAUGUAUAGACUAUCCACAAAGAUCUUUAUAUUGUCUUCUUGAUUGACCUCUGCAGCAAAACUUCAAUGAGUACAUUAGGCUCAACAGAGAUGAAUGAGAACACUGCAACGUUAGCUGAUGGACAGCAAAAAUCGACUGAAGAUGGCAAAAGUAAGACACCAAGACACUCGCGAUGGACUAGGCAAGAGACGCUUGUUCUCAUACAAGGGAAAAAGAUUGCUGAGGAAAGAGCUCAUAGGGGGCGUAAAUCCACUUCUGUUUUUGGAUCAGACAAGCCGGAACCCAAAUGGGACUCGGUCUCUUCUUACUGCAGACAACAUGGAGCAGAUAGAGGACCUGUUCAAUGUAGAAAACGUUGGAGCAACAUGAUCAGUGAUUUCAAGAAAAUUAAAACAUGGGAGACACAGACAAAUGGAAGCAGUGAAUCUUAUUGGAUUAUCAGUAACGAUCUCAGGCGAGAGAAAAGGCUACCAGGUUCUUUUGAUAGAGAAGUCUACAAUGUCUUGGAUGGGAAGGAAUUCACAGCAGAAGCAUACCAACUAGCUCUGGUAACCAUAACCACAGAUGAAAAACUUGACUAUGGUGUAGAAACAGUUGAAGAAGAGGAAGCGGAAGAGGGAGAGGAAGAGAAUGACAAUGUUUCUCAUACUGGGGAAUAUACUAUGGAAGAUGAUGUUAUGCCUCCAGCAACGGAGGAAGUUGGAAGCAGCCCACUGAAGGAACACAUCGUCAUAGACAAAAAAGCUAAGUCCAUUCCCUCUCCAGUGCCUAGAUCAGGUACAGCUGAAGGCAAGCAGCCUGGAUCAGAUUUCUGGAAUAGCCCCAUGUUUAAGGACAGAGUGAAGAAAAGAAGACUAUCACCAGAUGGUUGUAUUGAUAGUAAUCUGGGAUAUAAACUUCUGAAAACUCUGGAGCAAAACACCAACAUGCUUCAUUCACAACUUGAUGCUCAAAUGGAAAAUCGUCAACGGGACAGGGAGCAGCAGAAGGAACAAACUAAUAGCUUGAUUGCUGUUCUCAAUAAGGUAGCUGAUGCAGUAGCAAGAGUUGCUGAUAAGAUGUAA